AUGCCUCUCUUCAACGUUACACUCAAGAAGGAUUCCUCUCCCGAGGAACUCCAGAAGGCUAAGGACCAGGCCGUGCAAGAUGGAGGAAUCAUCAAGCACGAAUACAGUCUGAUCAAGGGGUUCACUGUCGAGUAUCCGGAGGACCAUGUCAAAAUCUUGCAGACGAACGACCACGUCCACGUCGAGCAGGAUGGCGAAGUGCGGACUCAGUAG